AUGCCAAAUUUUCAAAAACCUUUUUCUGGUUCUUCGGAUGGCAAUUCUGUAAUGAACGACCUAGGUAAUAAAGUCGCCAUCAAGGUUUUUGAUUGUAGAAGUGCUCAAGAUGGCAGCGAAGAGCAGAAUGUAAAUGUAACCACGAACCAAAUGUAUUUAAUGUUUCAAAGUAACAAUUACAACGUGCCGCCACCAAAUUACAAUACCGAGGAUUUGGGUUCUCAAGGACCUCCGACGCAUGCUUAUUACGCUCCAUUUCAGCAUCCCAUCCAUCUUCAACCUCCCGUGCCUCCUGUAUAUAAGAACAACACAUAUUCUGCCACAGACCAGUAUAGUGACUCCUCGUUUCCUAAUACUUCAGGCCACACUCCAGUAAUUGAUAGUAAUUACUAUAAUGAUGCUCUGGCUUCUAUACCUACAACAACGACGGGUAGUACUACAAUGACUACAGACAAUGGCAAUACUAUUGACAGCGAAGAAUACAUUGAUAACAUGGAAGUCUUUAGUAGCGAGGAAAAUGAAAACAUUGAUAAUGUAAAGCAAACCGAUCUUAAAUCUGAAAAGGACUCGAGUCUUCUUUCAGCAGCUUCAAUCGUGAAAAAGGAACAAUUGUCUGGCUUUGAAAAUUUUUUGCCUUUAUCGAAGACAGAGUCUCCCUUAGUUACUGCAGACGAGAUUAAAUCAUCUUUGAAUUUGGAGAAUAUUGACAAUGCUGACAGUAUGAGCUUCAAGUUAAAAACUUCACCUAUACGGAAACAUUUUCAUGUUAAACCCAAAAGAAUAACAAGGGUGAGGACAGGAAGGGUAUCACACAAUAUAAUUGAAAAGAAAUACCGUUCCAAUAUUAAUGAUAAAAUUGAACAAUUAAGGAGAACUGUCCCAACGCUACGAGUAGCGUAUAAAAAAUGUAACGAUCUUCCCAUUACAUCUAGAGACCUAGCAGACUUAGAUGGCCUAGAGCCAGCAACAAAAUUGAAUAAGGCGUCCAUUUUAACGAAAUCUAUUGAAUAUAUUUGUCAUUUAGAAAGAAAGUGCCUACAGCUAAGCUUGGCUAAUCAACAUUUAUCAAAUGACACACGGGAUUCUUUCGUCCAUCUUACCGAGCCAUCUCAACCGUUGAGUGACAACAGUAGUAGUGAACAAGUACAAAAGCAAACCAGAAGCUGCCAACGCCAACGGCAGCGGCAGCCACGACAACAACAACCAUUGCAUAACAUUCAAUAUAAUAUUCCACAUCAAAACGGCCUCAUGAGCGGCACCAACAAUUCACAUGAUAUGGAUUUUAACAACGCAGGAGACUUUUAA